GGAAAUAUGCCAUUUAUGGAGGACAUUUAUGUGAAAGAAAGAAAAUGCUUCUGUUCUGCAUCAGCAACACUCCCAAAGGAUGCAGGUAGGAGAAGAGAGGGAAGGCUAGGGUCCAUCUGCUCUCCAACUCAAUUCAACUUUGCUCCUUUUCUCCGAGCUCAGGGGAAGAACAGUCCCGUUGCAUACUACGAAUUGCGGUGUAGGAAUCAGAAGUGAUGAAUUUGAAGCUGAAAGAGUCUCAGUAUUCGUCGUCCUCUAGAUCUCCAGCGGGAAUGGAGCACCGGAGCAACCCUACAUCUCAGAAACAGCAAAUGCCUCUCGUGGUCACUCUGAAUUGCAUCGAGGACACGUCCUUCGAGCAGGACUGCUUAGGCGGCGUUGUUUUGGUCGAGCACGUCCCCCUUAGCCGGCUUGCCGACGCAAGGAUCGAGUCAGCUUCAGCCGUACUGAUUCACUCUCUGGCCUUCCUCCCGCGGGCCGCCCAGCGCAGGCUUCGUCCAUGGCAGCUCAUUCUCUGCCUCGGCUCAUCUGAUCGGAGUGUGGAUUCCGCGCUCGCAGCUGACCUCGGACUCACACAACUAGUACACGUUGAUUGUAGUAGGGCAGAGGAGAUUGCUGACACGGUUAUGGCUCUCAUCCUCGGCUUACUCCGUCGCACGCAUUUGCUCUCCACGCAUGCUUUAUCUGCUUCUGGCUGGCUUGGUUCAGUCCAGCCUCUUUGCCGUGGUAUGCGCCGUUGCCGGGGUCUUGUGUUAGGGAUCAUUGGCAGAUCUGCUUCUGCGAGGUCCUUGGCUACUAGGAGCCUGGCCUUCAAGAUGAGCGUCCUCUAUUUUGAUGUUCAAGAGGGAAAUGGAGAAGUUAGUCAAACCUCUAUACGGUUUCCUCCUGCAGCUAGGAGAAUGGAUACCCUUAAUGACUUGCUGGCUGCAAGUGAUGUCAUAUCGUUGCACUGUGCGUUAACAAAUGAAACAGUUCAGAUUAUUAAUGCAGACUGUUUGCAGCACAUAAAGCCUGGGGCGUUUCUCGUCAAUACUGGUAGCUGCCAGCUUUUAGAUGAUUGUGCGGUAAAGCAACUUCUGAUAGAUGGCUCUCUUGCUGGUUGUGCUUUGGAUGGAGCUGAAGGGCCACAGUGGAUGGAAGCAUGGAUCAAGGAGAUGCCCAAUGUUCUGAUACUUCCACGCAGUGCAGAUUACAGUGAAGAAGUGUGGAUGGAAAUAAGGGAGAAAGCUAUUUCCAUGCUGCAGGCAUUCUUCUUGGAUGGUGUAAUUCCAAAGGAUGCUAUAUCUGGCGAUGAAGAGGAAAGUGAGGUUGCCUACGGAAAUGAAGAGUGUAACACUCAAGGUAGUCUGAGUGUCUUGCAGGGUCAUGUUGGUGAGCGAUACAAUGAAGAUGUCAACUUGACUGCAGAGAGCUCUAGGAACAAGGCAAGUGAUUCAAAGGGAACUCCUACUCAGCCUCAGGGGUCUGUUUUGUCUCAAAAUGUUUCUGAAAGAUCCGAAGUGAAGAGAAGCAGAUCUGGUAAAAAGGCUAAAAAGCGGCAUGCUCGUCAAAAGUCACAGCAAAAAGUAGACGAUCACAUCAAAUUUGAGAAAGAGAGUACCUCACAAAAUGAAGAUGGUACUACAUUGAGUGGAACUGAUCAAGUGUUGAGUUCCAGUCCACGGUUUUCAUCUCCAGAAGGUGCAAGAAGUAGAAAAACGCCAAAUGAGUUCAUACAGGAAUCAUCCUCAGAAAAAACCCUGAAAUCAAAUACGAAUAUCAGUAGAAAAUCAGGAGAACUAUUAAGAGAUGGAUAUAUCAUUGCUUUGCAUACAAGACAUCAUCCUGCACUCCACGUUUCAAGACAAAGAGUUAAAGGAGGAGGUUGGUUCCUGGAUACAAUGUCAAAUAUCACAAAGAGAGACCCUGCGGCACAAUUCCUUGUUGCUUUCAGAAGCAAGGAUACAAUUGGGUUAAGAUCAUUUACUGCGGGCGGAAAGCUAUUGCAGAUUAAUAGGCGAAUGGAAUUUGUAUUUGCCAGUCACAGUUUUGAUGUUUGGGAAAGUUGGACCUUCGAAGGUUCUUUGGAGGAAUGUAGGCUUGUUAACUGCAGAAAUCCUUUGGCGAUUCUGGAUGUACGUAUUGAAAUCCUUGCAGCAAUUGGGGAAGACGGCAUCACACGCUGGCUUGAUUAGUUAGGUAGGUAGGAACAGGUGGCAUACAAAUGAAUUUGAAAGGGAAAGAAAAGCUCGUCUCAUGAAGCAUUUAGUCCUUUUCAACGUCAAGAGUGUUGUUGUUAUAAUUAUGAGUUUUAGUCUACUGUCUACCUCCCCUCUGUCCUCAUCCACAGCCUGUAUUGAGUUUGUUAGUGACAUGGAGACCGCUGAUUUUAAGUUCAAAAGAAAUUUAUCUCUAUUACUGUAUUAGAUUCUUGAUUUUCAAGGUGAAGUUUUGUCUCAAAAAUGGGAGGUGAAAAUGUGUAAUAGUUGUGGUUGUCAGAAAAAAAUGGUCAUUCUGAUUCAUGUCUCCUGAAGUCAUUCAAUUUUUAAAUUUUAGUACUCUAAAAUGACAUUCGAUUGGAUAAAACUAGAUUUUCAUCCAGUUUGAAAAAAUAAUAUUGUACUCCCUCCGUCCCCCAAUUAAGUUCCCGGUUUGACUUCACACAUAUUAAGGAAAUAAAAUUGACUUUACUGUGG